AUGGUGGCUGUCCUGUUUCCAUGUUCAAAGAGUGGAAGUGAAGUACAGAUUCUUCAUGGCUUAUCGCUGCUACUAGGUACUGAGAGCCGUUUGCAAAUGUUCAGUUUCUUGAUUCUUCCUCCGUUUGUUCUACCCAGCCUUACACUUGAAGGUUACACACAAUUAAUGCAUCUCCAUUCCGAAGCAGCAUGCUUUCUCUCACACGAAUAA